AUGGUGGCACCCACAGCGGCUAAAAUCGCCCAAAAACCAGUCGUGGUGGAACAAGAAGAUGAGACUCUUAUAGAUACCACCGCUAUUCCCAUGCAAUCCGAGGUCGCUCCCCAGGAGGAUGAAGCGAUGGAGGAAGUGGAAAAGACAAGUGAAGCAGACCAAAAGGUUGUCUUGGACGAGAGCGGAAAGCCUAAGUUCUCUGCUGCUGCCAAGAGUGGCAUGAAGGUCAAGUUGGAGAGCAGAAAAGUUGCAGUUCCCCCUCACAGAAUGACUCCACUCAAAAACACUUGGAUGAAGAUAUACCCACCCUUGGUUGAACACCUCAAGCUACAAGUGAGAAUGAACUUGAAAACCAAGACCGUCGAAUUAAGAACAAACAAGUCUACCGAGGACGAGGGUGCAUUGCAAAAAGGUGCUGACUUCAUCAAGGCAUUUACUUUGGGAUUCGACGUCGAGGAUGCUAUUGCUCUUUUAAGAUUGGAUGACCUAUAUAUUGAGACUUUCGAGGUUAAGGAUGUUAAGACUUUGACCGGUGAUCAUUUGUCUCGUGCUAUUGGCCGUAUUGCCGGUAAGGAUGGUAAGACAAAGUUUGCAAUUGAGAACGCUACUAGAACCAGAAUUGUUGUCGCAGACUCCAAGAUCCACAUCUUGGGAGGUUUCACACACAUCCGCAUGGCUAGAGAAGCUGUGGUGUCAUUGAUUUUGGGAUCUCCCCCAGGAAAGGUGUACGGUAACUUGCGUACGAUGGCAUCGAGAAUGAAGGAGCGUUACUAA